GAGGAGGAGGAGGCGGGCGGCCCAGAGGUUGUCCGGCGUGCCCGUGGGCGUGCUCCCCGGCGGGGAGGGCCGCCCGCAGCCCACACCCCCUGGCCGCUUGCUAACUUUGCCUCUUCGCGAAGAGCCGGCCUGCGGGCAGCCGGAGGGUCAGCGGAGCCCCUCGGUCCCCCGCCGCCGCCCCGUGAUGAAGGGCCACCGGCGGCGCUGGCGGUGGCGGGGGGAGCACCGGCGCUUCGCCGCCGUGCUGGUGCUGUACACGCUGCUGCUGCUCCUGCUGGUGCCCUACGCGCUGGACUACGGGGCCAGGCGCGGGCGGCCGGACGAGGAGCCGCUGCUGCGGCGCUGCCCCAGCCUGGAGGAGGCUCUGAGCGAGUGGGGCUGGGAACAGCAGCAGCCGCCGCUGGACGAGGAAGAGGAGGAGGAGGAGGAGGGCGGCGGCACGGCCGGGGCGGCGGGUAACGGCAGCGCGGCGGGGGCGGGGGGGAAGCGGCACAUCUACCUGCACGCUACCUGGCGCACGGGCUCCUCCUUCCUGGGGGAGCUCUUCAACCAGCACCCCGACGUCUUCUAUCUCUACGAGCCCAUGUGGCACCUGUGGCAGGCCCUCUACCCGGGGGACGCGCUCAGCCUGCAGGGCGCCCUCCGCGACAUGCUGCGCGCCCUCUUCCGAUGCGACUUCUCCGUCCUGCGCCUCUACGCCGCCCCGCCCGGCCCCCGCGACCCGCUGGCCGCCGCCCCGCUGGCCGCCGCUCCCAACCUCACCACGGCCGGCAUCUUCGGCUGGCGGACCAACAAGGUGAUCUGCUCGCCCCCCCUCUGCCCCGCCGCCCCGCGGACCCGCCAGGAGAUCGGGCUGGUCGACGGCGCCGCCUGCGAGGAGACCUGCCCGCCGCGGGGGUUGCGGGAGCUGGAGGCCGAGUGCCGCAAGUACCCCGUGGUGGUCAUCAAGGACGUGCGGCUGCUGGAGCUGGGCGCCCUGCUGCCCCUGCUGCGGGAGCCCGGCCUCAACCUGCGGGUGGUGCAGCUCUUCCGCGACCCCCGCGCCGUCCACAACUCCCGCCUGAAAGCCCGGCAGGCGCUGCUGCGGGAGAGCGUCCAGGUGCUGCGCAGCCGGCACCGCGCCGAGCCGCGGGGGCCGCCCCGCCACCAGCCGCAGCAGCAGCUGCUGCUGCCGCCCGGCCUGCUGGGGGGCGGCGGGCGGGGGCCGCCCCCGCAGCACCGCGCCGAGUUCUUCCUCGGCGGAGCCCUGGAGGUGAUCUGCCAGGCCUGGCUCCGCGACCUCCUGCUGGCCCGCCGCGCCCCGGCCUGGCUCCGCCACCGCUACACGCAGCUGCGCUACGAGGACCUGGUGCGGGAGCCCCGCGCCCAGCUGCGCCGCUUGCUGCGCUUCGCCGGGCUGACGGUGCCGCCCGCCCUGGAAGCCUUCGUGCUCAACAUGACCCGCGGCGCCGCCUACUCCUCCGACCGGCCCUUCCUCAUCUCCGCCCGCGACGCGCGGGAGGCGAUCCACGCGUGGCGGGAGCGCCUCAGCCGCCAGCAGGUGCGGCAGGUGGAGGACGCCUGCGGGGAGGCCAUGAGCCUCCUCGCUUAUCCCCUCAGCGCCGCCGACGCCCGGUAGCCCCUCAGCCUGGCGGCCGGCCGGGGAAGAGCUCGUCGCCCGGUGAGGGCCGGACCCGCGGGGAGUGCGCCGAGGGCGGACCCGGCUGU